CGAAGGAGCAGCACGUCGAAAGGUUGGGAUUUCAAAUGAAACCUGUUGGAGUAUAAACUGGUGUGACUUGCGACCAUGUGUCGAACAGGUUGGGUUUGGACAUUCCGGGAAAGACGGUGGUCGGCCCCGUUGUCCGUCUGUGCGGAGUGAGGCGCUGUGAGAGGUUUGGUUGGCCACCUGCAGCAGGGAGUCCGGUCACGAGGCGCCGAGUGUGGCCCUUGAGGAAAAAACUCGACUCGGGGCCGAACAGCUCAAGGGAUCAUUAUGGACGAAUUAAGUCAGACAUUGUCCACCAGCUUUACAGUCUCUCAGGAUCUCAACAGCAUUGCUGCUCCACAUCCACGUCUCGCCCAAUACAAACUCAAAUCCAACACACAGGAGCAGGCAGAGCGUAGGCGGAAACUUCUGGAGAACCAAAAAUCACAGCGACUGAAUUAUGUUAACCAUGCAAGGCGUCUGGCUGAAGAUGACUGGACAGGAGAAGACAGUGAGGAGGAACAAGAGGAGCAUGAUGAAAUGGAAGUUGAGGUGGCAAAGAAGAAGCUUCCGAAACGCUACGCAAACCAGUUGAUGCUUUCUGAGUGGCUGGUGGAUGUACCCAGUGACCUGGUUGAAGAAUGGCUGCUGGUGGUCUGUCCUGUUGGCAAGCGGACUCUCAUCAUAGCUUCCAGAGGGAGCACAGCAGCAUAUACGAGAAGCGGUUUCUGCGUAAACAGGUUUCCCUCACUCCUCCCUGGUGGAAAUCGGCACAACUCUGCUACGGGCAAAGAUUACACCAUAUUGGACUGUAUUUAUAGUGAAGUGAACAGAACAUACUUUGUUUUGGAUGUGAUGUGUUGGAGGGGUCAUCCAGUCUAUGAUUGUCAGACCGAGUUCAGAUUUUUCUGGCUUCAGUCAAAAUUGGAAGAGGAAGGCAAGAAUCUGGCUGAGAUAGUGUCUCGCAAUCCAUUUAAGUUUGUGGGCCUGCCAAGUUUGCCGUGUACACCAGAAGCCAUUUGCCAGACUUUGGCUGCAGUUUAUCCAUUUGAGGUGUGUGAUCUGAAAUGUGCCUUGCAGGUGGAUGGGUUGCUGUUCUACCACAAGCAGACACACUACACCCCGGGGAGCACGCCACUAGUUGGCUGGCUGAAACCGUACAUGGUGGCUGACAUCCUUGGACUGGCCGUCCCGGCCUGCCCUUUGUCCGUGAAGCCCGAAUAUGCCAACUCACAAAUGCAACAGAUAAUAGAGCUGAAAAAGAGCAAGGCCGAGGGGUACAACACUAACCCAAGCAAGACGGAGACCGCUGAGUUGGGCCGAUAUGAAUUGGAGCAUCUCUCCACUCCCAAAAAAGCCGAAUCAUCACCCUCUAAAAUGGAAUGCACGAGUAAAAUCAGAAGUUGAGUGACUUGGCUGAAUGGACAGUGACUGUUCCAGGAUGGCAGAUCUCCAGCCGGAAACUCUCACAGGACCAGCGCUUCCUGGUUUAUUUAUGUUAAAAAUAAAAGUUACAUUUGAGCUUUCAUUCCAGCAGGCUCUUAUUGAAUGGGAAUUGUUGAGAGAUGAGGUUUGGGGCUUGUGCCUUUGCUUGUUCUUGCAGUUUGACAGUGCACACAUUCAGAGUAAGUGAGUUAUUUGUCUCGAGCUUCGGUAUGCGUUGUUCCUGCACAAGGCUGGUGAGUCAAUCAUUUAAUGAGAGGAAGCAGAAUAACACUCACUGGGAACAUUCCCAUAGUUAUACUUUAUAAGGGAGAGGUGAUCAGGGCAUUUGUGAACAUCAAGUGUCUGUUAGCAUUUGGUUCUAUCUUGAGCUGAAACCCAAUGAGAGGCUUGGGUUAUAAGUUAGCUUUUGUUUUAAUACUGCAGGUUAGGAAUUGGUGCAUUAUUUUUUGAUAUUGCAGUACAUAGGGACAUGAGCAAAUCUUGUCAGAGGUGUUGGAAAUACAGAGGUUGACUCUUAAGCACAUUGUCCAUUUGGGUAAAACCAUAUAGAUCUGGUAAAGCUAGCCCUUUCUGAACUCAUUUGAAGGUGUGCUGCCAUUGAGUCAACUUGUCCUGACAAAUCUUUAGUUGCCUGCUGGGCACGUGUACAGCUUUACACAGCUUCCAAUCAACAUUAAGUUAAAAAUCACACAAUACCAGGUUAUAGUCCAACAGGUUUAAUUGGAAGCACACUAGCUUUCGGAGCGCCCGCUCCUUCAUCAGGUGGUUGUCCAUGAAGGAGCUGCGCUCCGAAAGCUAGUGUGCUUCCAAUUAAACCUGUUGGACUAUAACCUGGUAUUGUGUGAUUUUUAACUUUGUACACCCCAGUCCAACACCGGCAUCUCUAAAUCCAAUCAACCUGAUUGUGUCAGCAUUCCUUCCAGCGAUGAAUGCAGCUCACCUCUCCAUGUAUGUGUUUGGUUGAUCCUCGGGUCAUAGGAAGGUUGGAGAUGAGCCAUCAUUUUCAAAAACAAAAUGUUGCUGCUGGGUUGCUGAAUUUGAGGUUUAAUGUCUCUUCUUGAACAAUUGUCCUCUGCAGUAUCUCUGUGGAAAUGCAAUAAUUUGGUUUGUUGGAAAUCCUGUGUUUUUAUUUUAUCUGUUUUUAUUUUGUCUGCUUUAUCCCAGGCCAUUGUUUCUCAAGGUUGAUUUAUAGCUUUUCUGAAAGUGUUCAGCACUGUGCUGAGGAUGAUUGAUUGUACUAUCCACCAGUCUGGUGACCUGCUUUUUAAUAAAUCAAAUUUCUCAUUGUAAAA